AUGUUGUGGACCAGUUUACUGCGUUUUGUGCUGAAUGUGUCAAUCUUGAUCCAAAUUGGAUCCAGUGACUAUCCUUUCAAUAACCCCAGUCUAGCAUGGGAUGAAAGAGUUCAUGAUCUAGUUGGAAGAUUGACGUUGGGUGAAAUCAAGGAACAGAUGAGUAAAGGUGGAGCUGGUCCUAUUGCUGGUCCAGCACCUGCUAUACCCCGGCUUGGAAUCAACGCCUACUCGUGGAAUACUGAAUGUUUAAGAGGCGAUGUGGCGGCUGGUAAUGCAACAGCUUUUCCUCAAGCAAUUGGCUUAGCAGCAUCGUUUAGUCCUGAUUUGAUAUUCCGUGUUGCUGAAGCUACCAGUGUAGAAGUACGAGCCAAGUUUAAUUAUUAUAUUAAAAAUAAAAUGUAUGGGGACCAUAAAGGUGUUAGUUGUUUUAGUCCAGUUAUUAACAUUGUUAGAGAUCCGAGAUGGGGCAGAACGCAGAAUGUACAUAAAAUGCUUCUUGAAAGUGAAAUUACUAGAUCUUACUCUCCCAAGAAACGACAGACUACUAUUGGUUCUUUAUGA